AUCCCUCGGUCCAUGAGGAAUGUCGGGUCUGUAUGAUUUAAAAAUAGCCCCAUCUCAUCUUCUGCCUGACACGCUGCUCCAGCGAGGCUCAUAGUGGUGCGAGCAGCAGGAAUGUGAAGAUGGCUACAGAUCUGGGAGAGCUACUUGUCCCGUACAUGCCCACCAUUAGAGUACCAAGGAGGGGAGACAGGGUUUUCAAGAGCGAAUGCGCUUUUUCCUACGACUCUCCUGAAUCAGAAGGAGGUCUGUAUGUGUGUAUGAACUCAUUCCUGGGUUUCGGAAGAGAACAUGUGGAGAGACAUUACCAUAAAACUGGACAGAGCGUGUACAUGCACUUAAAACGACAUGUGAAAGAGAAAGCCACAGGUGCUGCAGGGGGUGCCAUACCAAGAAGAAGGAACGGAAAAAUAUUUUUAGAUUUAGAGCUAAACCGUGAUUUUAACGGAGUUGAUUAUGAGUAUGAAGAUGAGGCCAAGCUUGUCAUAUUUCCAGACCACUUUGAGAUCCCUUUACCAAAUAUUGAGGAGUUGCCCGCACUGGUUACAAUAGCCUGUGAUGCCGUCCUCAAUGCUUCAUCUCCAUACAAAAAGCAGGAGGCUGAUUCAUGGGAAGAGGAGAUCCAAGUAUCUAGACAUGCCAGAAGUCUUAGACAGCAGGAUAAUAGGGUUCGAAUUCCUCCCAGUGGCUGGAAGUGCGCCAAGUGUGAAAUGAGAGAGAACCUGUGGCUAAACCUGACGGAUGGCUCUGUCCUCUGUGGGAAGUGGUUCUUUGAUGGGAGCGGAGGGAACGGACAUGCCCUUGAGCACUACAAAGAAACCAACUUCCCCCUGGCAGUUAAACUCGACACAAUCAACCCAGAUGGAGCAGAUAUUUAUUCUUUCGAUGAAGAAGAAGCGGUGCUUGAUCCUCACAUAUCAGAACAUUUGUUACACUUCGGAAUAGAUAUGCUGCAAAUGCAAAGGACAGAGAAUGGCCAUCAUACAGACAACCACGUGCAGCCGCGUGUGAGUGACUGGGAAGUGAUUCAGGAGUCCAGUCUAAAGCUAAAGCCUGUCUAUGGCUCAGGAUACACGGGCAUCAAAAACCUGGGCAACAGCUGCUACCUGAGCACCACUAUGCAAGUGCUUUUCAGUAUUCCAGAGUUCCAGAGAGCGUAUGUUGGGAACCUACAGAGAAUAUUUGACUACUCACCCCUUGACCCAACUCAGGAUUUCAGCACACAAAUGGCAAAACUUGGUCAUGGACUUCUCUCAGGCCAGUACUCAAAACCUCCAAUGAAAUCAGAUCUUAUUGAACAGGUGAUGAAAGAAGAAUACAAGCAGCAGCAAAGAGGGAUUUCACCAAAGAUGUUCAAAGCGCUGGUCAGUAAAGGACACCCAGAGUUCUCCUCAAACCGGCAACAAGAUGCUCAUGAAUUCUUUCUGCACUUAAUUAACCUGGUGGAGAGGAACAGUUCAGGCUCAGAGACCCCCAGCGAUGUGUUCCGCUUCUUAGUUGAGGAGCGAGUGCAGUGCUGUCAGACACAGAAGGUGCGGUACACACAGCGAGUGGACUACCUUAUGCAGCUUCCUGUACCCUUAGAGGCUGCCAGCAACAGAGAGGAGUUAAUAGCAUAUGAGAGUAAGCGGAAGGAAGCUGAGGAGAACAUGCGGCCCCCUCCAGAGCCGGUGAGAGCCCGAAUCCCCUUCACUGCCUGUCUGCAAGACUUCACUGAGCCUGAGAAUGUUCCAGACUUCUGGAGCUCUGCACUGCAAGCCAAGUCGGCCGGAGUGAAGACUUCUCGUUUCGCAUCUUUCCCAGAUUACAUGAUCGUUCAAAUAAAGAAGUUCACAUUUGGGGUUGAUUGGGUGCCCAAAAAGUUAGAUGUUUCUGUAGAUGUACCUGAUUUCCUGGACUUGAAUCGCCUCCGGGCCACAGGGCUACAGGCUGGAGAAGCAGAACUGCCUGACAUUACACCUCCCAUUGUCAUUCCUGAAGACACCAGAGACAGUACAACAAACAACUCUUUGGAAUCUCCAGAAAUAGAUGAAUCAUCUGUGAUGCAACUGGCAGAGAUGGGUUUCCCUCUGGAAGCCUGUCGGAAGGCAGUGUACUACACUGGGAACAUGGGGGCAGAGAUGGCCUUUAACUGGAUAAUAGCACACAUGGAAGAGCCAGAUUUUGCUGAGCCUCUGGCAAUUCCCACUUACAUGGAACCAGACCUGCCCGGCCCCAGCUUCCCUACUAGCAGUGCGCUGGACAACCAACCUCCAGAAGAGAGCAUCUCCAUCCUCACCUCCAUGGGCUUCCCCAGACAUCACACAAUCCAGGCGCUCAAAGCCACAAACAACAACUUAGAGCGAGCUCUUGACUGGAUAUUCACACACCCAGACUGUGAGGACGAGAGUGAGGCUAUGUCAGACACGGCAGACACAGAGCCGAACAAUAUUUUAUAA